AUGAUAAGGACUAAUGUCCUGAAUUGGAAUUUCCAGUUUUUGCUGCUGUAUCCAACGUUUUUCACCACCUCCAGCAACCUUGCCACCUACAACAACACACUUACUCUACCACCUGUCUGCUGCCAAAUAAGCCAGCAUAUAUGCUGCCUGCCAGAACCACUGGUCAUCCAACCACCGCCAGUCUGUUGUAUGCAAACAAGUCAAGUGUUGGUACCACAGCAACCAAUACCUGCGCCAUUAUCUGCACCCUUACCAGCGAUUGGACAAGGAGCGACAAUACAAUUGUCAUCGCACAUAUUCUCACCUGCACAAAUUGGCAGGUCAGAAUGCUGCAACUGUUGUCCGUGCUUUGGUAAUGGACACAAAAGGCGCUCUCUGUUUUUCCUCCGACACAAACUGGAUGAGUCAAAGUAA